AUGCACGAUGGGUUGGGCGUGAAUGACCAAGGGAUCGUGGAGCGGGACUAUUUCCGGAGUAACAGAGCAGUAAUAAGUGAAGACGAUCCUCAUCUAAUGAAUGAUGCUCCUCCAGUGCAUGACAAUAUGCGAGGGGCCCCCGAGGAAGAAAGGAAUAUGGAUCUAAAAAUGGCAACCGACGGACUUUAUGUUGGCCGAAUAUUUGCAAACCGAAAGGAGAUGCAUAAGAUGUUGUCCCUUUAUGCAAUGACAAGGCUGUUUUGUUUCCGGAUAAGUAAGUCAGAUACAGGCAGAGUUAUAGCCAAUUGCAUAGACAAGAACUGUGGAUGGAGAGUGUAUGCAACAACCCAUGCCAAUUCGACAAACUUGGAAAUUAAGACACUGACAUUGAAGCACAGUUGCGAUGUCGGAGCACGGUCGAGAUAUGGUGAGAAAGCGACCGCAAAAAUUUUGGCAGAUCUGCUGAAGGCCAAAUUCGCAAAUGGCAAGAAAGGACCAAGAGCAUGCGAACUCCCUAAUAUAGUUUUGUCUGAGAUGCACGUGACAAUUUCUUAUACGAAGGCUUGGAAUGCGAGAGAGCUUGCCAUGGAGCAGGCCAGAGGAAAUGAAGAAGACAAUUAUAGGUUUGUGUCUACAUACUUGCACCUUCUGAAGUCAAUGAACCCAGGGACGUUGACUGCAAUGCACAAUAUGGUGGACAAAAAAGGGAACGCAUUGUUCAAGUACCUGUUUUUUGCUUUUGGGGCUUGCAUAGCUGCGAGUGGACAAGAUGGGAAUAUGCAAAAUUUCCCCUUGGCAUUUGGAGUAGUUGAUGGGGAAAAUGAAGGAGGAUGGGUGUGGUUCUUUGAAAAUCUGAAGAAAUUUGUGCCAGAUGAACAAGAGUUAGUAUUUGUCUCAGACAGGCAUGCAUCAAUAUAUCCAGGUCUGCGUAGAGUGUAUCCUUUGGCGCAGCAUGGGGCCUGUUCUGUUCAUUUAUUUAGAAAUGUGAAGCACAACUUUCAUUGCGAAGGUUUGGCUGCAGUGGUUUCUAAAGCUGUAAGGGCAUACACAGUUGGCGAUUUCCGUUAUUGGUGGAGAGAAAUAGAGAAAUGUAAACCUGCAUGUGCUUCGUAUCUUAUAGAAAUAGGACUACCACACUGGACACUUUCUCACUUCUCCGGAGAUCGUUACAAUAUAAUGAGUAGCAACAUAUCUGAGUCGCUGAAUGCAGCAAUGCAAACUGUUGUUGAUUACCCGAUCGUGUCCAUGGUAGAGUUCUUACGAGCAAUGUUGAUGAGGUGGUUUUAUUGUAGGAGGAAAGUGGCAAAUAAAGCGAAAACACGAUGCACCCCGGAAAUCGAAGAAAUACUUAUAGAUCACCUACAACACGCGGUGGACUACCGUGUGCUAUCAGCAAGCGAGUGGAUUUACCAAGUUAACGAUGGACGAGGUAUUGUUUUCACGGUGGACUUGCAGAAUAAAACCUGCACUUGUCGGGUCUUUGAUGUAUUGAAGGUGCCUUGCUGUCACGCUUUAGCUGCUAGAGGAGUGCUGCAAAUUGAUAUUUACACCCGAAUUGGGGAGUUCUACUUUGUUGAGCCAUGGAGGAAAAAAUAUUCACAAAUCAUUAUGCUAGUUCCAAAAGAAAGGGAUAGCGAUAUUGCAGAGGCUGUAACUGAAGAGGCUGUUAAUCAACCUCGAACAAAACGCGGUAGUGGGAGGCCGAAGAAGAAAAGAAUACCGUCGCAAGGAGAACAACAUAAAGUAUGA